ACAUACAUGAAAUACUGUUAAAAACGACGUCAAGCCCAAGAAAAAAAAAUUGACAUUUUCAAAUGUACAGAGAAAGUGUAUAUAAGCACUUCCUUGCUAUAUUCAGUAUUUGUAACUCGAAGGACUCUGCCAGUAUGAUGAACGCUGUUAUAUUACUGCUGUGUGUCACUGUUGUUAGCACCGGGUUUGCAUUUCCCGGAAACUUUGAUGAACGCAUGAGAUACAGGAAUGGAAAUAACAUUGGGCGGUUCUACAGUCAGCAGUAUCGCAACAAAUUCCCUGAUAAUGAAUACUUCAACGGAUGUGGCAGAAGAGAGUCAGAAUUUGGAAAUGACGCAUGGUACUUUCUGCACACACUUGCUGCAAACUAUCCAGAGAAUCCGAGCUCUGAACAGCAGGCUAACAUGAUGGACAUGAUGCGGAUAUUCGCAGAGUUUUACCCGCAUCCAAAUAGUUAUUUCAGAAGGAGCGGAUACGCCCAGUCGGAUACAUCUAACAGGGAAAACUUUUCUCAGUGGAUGUGUAUGCUACAUAACAAUGUUAAUCAGCAGAUGGGCAAACCCGAGUUCGACUGCAGUACGGUGCUUGAUGUCUGGACAAACGAGUGCUAUCAGAACUCGGGAGAGAGCUGUGAUCCAGGCAGAAGUGAGUUUGGCCGAGCCACAUGGAAUUUGAUGCAUACAUACGCCUUCACAUACCCAGAGAAUCCAUCACCAAUGCAACAAGAAGACAUGAGAAGAUUUAUGUACCAAAUAGCAGAAUUUUACCCAUCUACAAAUUUUUACUAUAUAACCAGCUUGUUCAACGACGAGCCUGACACCACAGAUAGAGAGAGUUUCAUGAACUGGAUGUGUAGAGCACAUAACUAUGUGAACGCUAGGCGAGGAAAACCCGAGUUUGAUUGCAACGAAGUUUGGGAUCAUUGGCAAUAUAGAGGCUGCGAAUAUUAAAAACAUACACACACUAAAUGUGACUGACUUUUAUGGGUUCGACUUCUGUCUUUGAAUAAAUCUUUCUUUCAGCAUCGAAA